GACUUAUCAGAAUCCGUUAAAACACAAACACCAGAUAAAUCCACAUUAACCAAAGCUUUCAGUCUGUUUCUCCUUCCUGUUUUUUCUCUUUUCAUAACUACUUUCCCAUCUGCUGUUCCCUUGGUUUAUGUCUCAACAGUUCUAGACACAGGCACUAGAGGGGGCACCAUUUCCUCCAGAACCACUGCUGAUACCAGUAAAUGAUUUACAACAGUUCGUAGGAUAGUAUGUGGCAAUACAUUUAAAUAAAGAUGGUAAUUUUAUAGAUUCGAGACAAACAACAUAAUAAAUCUUUGCUCCAGUUAUGAGGGACAGACAUUUAAAAGUUGUUUUUACAGAAGCCAGAGUCCAAACAACAGAGACAGACCCUGGUGCAAGUUUAUCUUUAACACCUGAAAAGACCUGCAAUGAAAACUGUUUUCAGUACAUAACAAAGAAAAAGGAUGAGAAGGUUCACACGGUGUGAUCAUGGACAUCUGGGUGUGUGUGUGUGUGUGUGUGUGUGUGUGUGUGUGUGUGUGUGUGUGUGUGUGUGUGUGUGUGUGUGUGUGUGUGUGUGAGAGAGAGAGAGAGAGAGAGAGAGAGAGAGAUAGCGAGCUUAAGGACAUAUGCUUUCAGUUGCAUGGCUCUGCUGCUCCUUCUGCCCUGACGUGUCAGGGUUCAAGUUACCUUCAGGAGACACAUCAUCCAUAAAUGACUUGGACUGAAUCUAAGUCAUUUUAAGAGUAUAUAUUUGUAAUUUAUGUCCACUAGUGGAUGAACUGUUUGACUGUGUGUGCUGGUUUGUGUGUCUGUCCUAAGGUUAUGACAAUAGUCUGGUUAAUACAAGGCUGACUGUUAAAUUUGUCAACUUCAGACUUGUUCUUUUGCUUAAAUUUCUUAAAGAGUUCGGAUGUGGACUGUUUACAGUUUAAACUAAAGCCGGUGUGGCUGAAAUAAAAGUCAGUCGACACAGCCAUCUGUGACUAAAAGGUUUGUGUGCAUGCUUGUUUGAUGAAAUAAGACUUGGAGACAGAGAAACUGUGGAGCAGAAGUUGAACUCACACAAAAGUUGAGGUUAUUACUGAUCUCUGAGAGUGCUGUAACGAGGAUAUUGUUUCAUCGUGAUGGUGCUAAACAUGAUGUAGUUUUUCUGUCUCGUCUUCUCUGAGAUUUUGGUUUCUUUUUAUGAGAAGAAACAUAAACUCCCCUGAGCCUUCUGAUAAAGAAAACACUUUUUUUCCAAAAUGUAUUAAUGCCAUAUGAAUCAGCAAGGCAGCCCUGUGAAAGAACAUCUGACUGCCAUACAUCCAUAAUAGCACUUUUCAGUCAGGCGAAACAAUGGUGUCCAAACAAAGAGAAAUUUGUCUCAAUGAUUGGCUUUUGUUUUGGCUACAAAUGGAUGAGUAAAGAAAGUUAUUCAUGCAUUUCUUUUUCUGCAGUGACCGAAGAGGUGAUCUUCAGCAUGAAAAUUCCUGUGACAUUCCUGAGAUGAUUUCACGGCCUGAGUGGAAAAGGCUUGGUCCUCUGAUCUCCUGAUCCCCCUCAGAGCUGCUCAUGACCCAAACAUUGGAUGGGGGUGGGCAAGGUUGGGGCUGAGCUUGUUGGGGACUGUGUGAGUGCAUGCGGGCCUCUUACUUUGAAGUCCUGGUCAGCAGAGAAUCAAUUUCUCUCACUUUAAGUGAUGCCUUCUGCUCCAUUGGUGUCUUGAGGGUUAACCUUUCUUUCUAUACGUAGAUCUUCAUCUUUAAGUAGAGUUAAUCCACCUAAACACCUCCUAUAAAGGCUCUUUGAUGUUAUGGUGCAAGAAGCUAUAAAAAAUCAAAAGGCUCGUAAGGUUGUCCGUCCUCAGUAAAAGGUGAAGGAUUGAAGUUCAUCCAGGUUCAGUUCACAGGUAUCUUUAUACAAAUAGCUCACUUGAGCUUUUCACAGACAAGCAUAGCUGAGUGACGAUGAAGCCCAUCGGUAUACUAUAGGUCUAAAAGUCUGGAGCAAAUGCUCUUCCUGAUGUUCACACAUGCCUGCAGACACACCUGAAAGGAAAAGGGUUUCCUUAUGCUGUAGUCACAACAGCAGUAAAACAUACUUUCCUUUAUGUAUCCGUUUGUGUCUCGCAUGUAAGACUUACGGCAGUGUUCAAUCCUCCACAUUCCAGUCACCAACAAUCACAAACUUGGCCCCGUUAAUUUCUAAACACAGCUCUUGAGCUCAGCAGUAAUGCAAUGCAGCCAUCUGGUUGUUCUUUUCUCCCCAUGUUUGAUGUAUAAGCUCGCUAUUGUCAGACGUCGGACACAAUUGGUAGAGUAUGUAACAACCAACUCACUGUGUAACAUAUGUUGGGCACUGGGCCAGUCCAUAUAGCAGACCUCCCUAUGCUGUUCCUCGAGAUACUUUAGUUUGGCCAAGCGCUGUGGAUCUACUUUUGGAGCACUCAUACUGAUGGUAAACCCCUUUGACAAAAUGAUUUGACGAUUAUUUAACUCAUCUGAUAAGACGUACCUGAUCUCUUGCCAGGGGUUGGACCAUUAGCCCAAUGCCAAUCAGAAAUCAGCAGGGGGGAAGUCUAGAGGGGUGGCAUAGCCCUCUCUGAAAUCUGAUAGAGAUAUAUAAUUGUGCAUGCUUAUGUCAAUUUUGGUGCAGAGUGGAUUAUUAUGUCAGAGGACAAGUUUGUUACAAAUAUUGAUUUCUGGCCUUUCUUGGUUUUGAGGUUGUCUAUAAAACUGUGUUUCUGUUGCAUACGGCUCAGACGUUGUUUGCAAAGACAGGAUCACAGGCUCACAAGCACCUGCUAGCCACAAAACUUUAAGACACAGUACAGUACAGGUGGUCAAACUCUUUCAAGUACUUCCACUGAGCAGUACACAGCUAUUGGAUGUCUAGUUUUUUUAAGACUUAAUUUGAACUGUUGAGAUUCGGUAUAUUUUUAGAUGGAAUUUAGAUGUUGCACUUUAACUCAUUAUUCGCUAACUAUUUUUUCAAAAAGCAACUGUGUGUUGCAUAACUGAUCUCCAAGUACUUAACCAAAAUAAUUAUGAUAGCCGUUGAGCAAUAUACAGUUAGACCUCUGUUAGCCAGCUAGUCUAAACUUGGUCUAAAUUUAGACAUCUAAAAAACUUUCAUAUUUAGACCUGUGGUAGCCUGAUUUUAGACCAGUCGUCUAGGCUACAUUUAGAUGUCUAUUGGACCAAAAAAUUGCUCAGUGGGCUGUGACUUUAAACAGACUUAUUUUUGAGUUUGUGAGGAAUUAAGCUGAGGAUUUUUUGUGUUGCCACUCUGAUGUGUUACUUUUUAAAUAGAAAAAUUAUUCAGAGGGGUAAAAAAAAAAACAUACUUCACUCACUGUCCUCUGUGCUGGCUGGCUGACUGAUGAAGAUUAGCAGAAUAGGUUUCUUUUAAAUGUUGGUAGUCAUAAUAUGGUUAGCAAAGGCAGAAAUGGUCAAUAAAUGCUACUCAUUAUGUGCGCAUGUGUUUUUAAAUAUCCUUCAUGACCUAGUAGGGCCACUCACCCACUUAAUGUCUGAACACACCACUACAAAAAUAUCAAAAUGUUUCACUGUUUCUUUAUUGAUCAGUAAUUAAAAAGACAAUUCAAAGUACACUUCCAAAAGGACAACAUAAUCGAUUAGACAACAGCUAACAUUAGCAUGAUGCUACUUAUCAGACAUUGCUGUUAGCUAUGAUGUGAGCUAGAAAUCCAUGUCUUGCAUAAAUAAUUUUUGCUUGGGUGUGGUUAGAGGUUAGCGCAUUUUUGUCCUUUAGCCACCAGUUUGAAUAUAAAAUGUGUCUACAUACAAGUACAUUGGACGUACCUUGUGGUUAUUAUUAAGCUCUCAAAAAUCAAGAAGGAUCAGGGAGAAAACAUUGAAGUUUUGAUGUGUAUUUCAUAUUCAUAAGGGAAGACGUGAUGGGGUUUACAAAUUUCCAUCUGUGAAUGGAAAAAUGCUCAAAGACAGCUCUUUCUUUUGCUUCUGAAAGAGGGGAAGAGUAAGCAAAUCUACUAGUUAGUAAUGCUGAGUGUUUAGGCAACAGUCUGUUUUUGAUUUCAUGUUAGUAUGAACAGAGAAAGUGAUUUCAUAAUGGUACUAAACACAACUCUGCCGGUUGGUAAGAGAGCUUUGCUUGAGAUCUGAAUUAAGUCCAAAAGCUUCUAAAUUUUGUAGUUGGGAUUACUAAAGUCAAUAGCAAGGCCCUCUCUGUAUGUUCAGAACUUUGCCCUGUCAUUUGUGGAGUAGAAGGAGAGGCUCACAGAGGAUGUAAAUCUUUUCAUCUGGGGAAAAAACUGCCAGUGACGUAGUCAAAGCAUGAAAUAUCACACCCAAAGGAAACACUGGAAAUUUAUGGCACAGACUCAUACAUAGAAACAAACCAGGGCCAGAAAUAUCAUAAGCUUUUGCAUUAAUGUGUAUUUAGGAUCCAAAUUAUUAGACUUGUUACGGUCUUAGAAAGGUAGACUAUCUUAAUCACAAUAACAGAGAGAUGAAGUGAAGAAAAAAGGGAAUAAGUCAUUUGGAGGAUCUUUAAUGAAUUAGAGAGAUGGAGGAUAACAGUGAGAGAGAAAACAUAGAUUAAGAUUGUGCUCAUGUUUGAGAGAGGAUGCAAAGCAGGAAGAGGCCCACAUUGAGACCAGACGGACAACACUACAGGACUGUGGCACAUGUUUUCAUUUAACCCUUUACAAGAUGUUAGCUUGUUGGAGAGGACCAGAGAAAGUUGGACCCGCCUCUCCUAAAAAUCCCUUUGUCUCAGGCACAAGAAUUUUUGCUGAGUAUAUUAAACAGAAAGAAAUAUUUGGGGUUGUUUAACAAUUACCAGUCAUUCAAAGCUUCGAAAGCAAAGAAAAUGUAUACAGAACAUACCACGAGAGUGUCAGGAGUGUAUUACUUAUAUGUGCAUUACAAAACAAUCAAAUCACUGCUGUUAGAGCAAAUUAAAAGCUUCGUAUAAAUGCUAGAUGAAAGCCAAAUUGCAUGGAUUAACUCUGCUUCUUUGUCUUUUUAGGUGCUAAAAAGACAAUAAAUGCAGCUUUAAUCACUGAGUGAGAGUUUAUGGCUUUGUUCAGAACAGAAAAUAGCAUUUAAGCCAAAAGGAUAAAAAAUAAUAAUAAUUUACAAGUGCUUAAAUAAAUAGUGGGGUUCAGCGGAAAAGCAGUGAAUGUGCUACACACAGAUGGGAACAAUCCCUCACAGCCACUGCAUCUCACAUCACUCACAUAAGUGGAAAAAGAGACUCAAGAGUGGGGUGUGCAGGGCCAUGCUUGAAAGAGUAAAAUGGGGUGCAGGCGGGUGGAGGAGAAGGGGGUGGAAGGAGCCAACAGCCAGAGAACAUAAAGUGGGGUGGAGAGGGGGGAUGGCAAGACAGAAAGGAGAGCAGGGAGGGAAGGUUUUUACUUAACAUUUGUCAGAGUCCCCCUCCAGUUCUGAGCAAACUCCAAGAGAAGGGACAAGGAGGGCCAGUCUCUCUGAACAGGUACGUGUGUGUGUGUGUGUUUUUUUUUGUGUGUGUGUGUGUGCAUGUGCAUGGACAUAUGUUGGUUUGUUUUUGUGGUUUUUCUAUGUAAUCUGAUAAGAGGUGGAUAAAUAGGCAUGAUGACAGUCAUGUUUCUUAAGUUUUGGGAUUUUUUUUGUCUUUAAAUCUGAAGAUAAUUAUUGGAAAUUUUCCCACAGCGGUGAGAGCCAUCAACAAAGCUGGCAUUCAUAGCUGAGCCGUCUUUCCUUUUUUUACACUUCCUCUCUGGAUUCCCUGUGGUUUAAGACCCCUAAAAAUGUACCUCUUUGCAAGCAGUUACACACUCAAAACAAAGUCAGAGGCUGUAAUACAUCUUUGAAUGUUCAUUUAACUCCACAAAGAUAACAUGGACGUUUGCUCAAAGGUAGAAAAUAGUCUUAAGGAGUGUUGACAUAAGGUAAAAGGAGAGAAAAAAAAGCAGAAAGAGUCUCUGUAAAUGCCAAAUGUCAACAAAAAGAGAAACUGUCAGGAUUAGUCCCAGUUAUGAGUUAGAAAAAAAUAUCAAAGGAGGUCAUUUUUUAACCAAAGUAAGAUAUGAUUUUUAUUUUAUUUAUUUAUUUAUUUAUUUAUUUUUUUACAUUUUUUUAGAUUCAAUGCAUCUUUAACAUUUCUUUCAUUUCAGUAACACAACAGUCAGUCCCUGAUUUGUUUGAUUUUCUUUUGUCUUGCACUUUAACUUUUCUGACUUUGUUUUCUGAGUUUUUUGUUUUUUUUUUGCUUUUGCACUUUUUAUUUGCUAAAGAAAAAAAUCAACGCAAAGAGAAAUAAGGCAUUAACAGUUAUUGUGUUAAUCUUUACUUUGAGCUAUACGUGUUAGAAAAUGUUUGAAAUUCUGUUUAGUGCAGCUUCACUCACUUUUCUUCUGUCAUGCCUCAUUGUCUUUGUCAGAUAACAGUGGAGCUUUGUGGUUCUGUGACCAUGAGAGUGAUUAUCAUCUUCCUCCUGUCUUGCCUGCUUCCACACUCUCUCGCCAAUGGACGGGACCCUUUCGCCUGGCUGUACAACCGGCGAAGUGAGGGACAUUUUCUUGGCUCUCUGCAGGCAGACACUGCAGGCGGACCAUGUCCAGACGAGUGUGACUGCCCCCCUACUUACCCAGUCGCCAUGUACUGUGAUGGACGAGGACUGACAGCCAUGCCAACCAUCCCCUCCCGAAUAAAAUACUUGUACCUCCAAAACAAUGCGAUCACGGCCGUGCCAGACUCCGCUUUCGUCAAUGCAACCAAUCUUGUGUGGCUCAUGAUGCACCACAACCAGCUGACAUCUGAAGCCAUUGGCAAGGAGGUAACAGUCUACAUCUGGUCUGAGUCAAGUAAUGCCACAUGUGAGCUCAGUGUGUAAUGGCUGUCAGAUGGCUUGCAGGUGGCACGCUGCUGGAUAACACAGGAAAUAGUAAUUGUUUUAUUGUUGUUAAUCUGUGUAAAUGGCAAGUGCAUUCAUGCGUUUAGAUGAGUAGAUUUUUAAGUCCAACUUGAUUUGUUGGGAUUUGUUUUUGAAUUAGCUGUGUUUAAAAUGACAUCCAUCGUCUAUAAAGUGCACAACACUUAAAAUUCACCAUCUGUUUUUAGUGGCCAAACAAAUGCAUCCAUUAAAUUCUAAGUCAUAAACUCCACAGUAAGCCAAAGUCGUCCACGGUAUACAUACAAUUCUCUGCUAACAACUGCAAAAGGAUAUAACAUUGGAGAAUUGUGUCUAAUAUCUCAGUUUAUAAUAGAUUAUGUAGUUAUUUGCUGAGUUUCCAUUUCAGUGGCUAUUACUGAUCAAGAGAUUGCUAUUAACUGCGGCAGAAAACGAGCUAAAAUAACCCCAAAAGUGUUCACUAAUAGUGCAACGAAUUCAGAAGCAAAGGUAACUGUCAAAACAUAAGCUGCGUUUACAUGGGCACAAAUAAUCAGAAUAAAUGCCCGAUUGGAAUAAAAAUGCGUCAUGUAAACAUAUCGAUCGGAAGAUUCUGAUCCAAUUCGGCUCAAUCGGAAAGAAAUUGUAUUCCGAUCGAGAGGGGUUUAUGCUGAUCGUUUUUCCAAAACGUGUCCAUAUAAACACUUACUGCGAUCAUUACCCCCCCAAGUUAGCUGUGUUUUAAUUAGUUAUCUUAAGUCAAAAUGAGUGGAUGUGACAUCAUGAGCAACAGAUUUAUCAACAGUAUUUCUUAUUUUUUUACAGUGGGAGGAGAUGGAGGUGUGGUUGUAAUACUUCCAGCAUCAUCUAACCUGUGCUCUGGCUAUUUUAUUUGCAGCUUAUAAGGUUGUUACCCAAUGUUUCCCAGAAAAUAAGUUGUUUUAUGAUCAUAUUUGACUUUGGUUGGUAUUUAUCAGACUCUAGAGAAAAAAAGAAGAAAACUUUAUGGCACAUUCCCCAGAAAGCCAAAAUUUCCUAUUGACAAGCAAAAAAAAAAGGAACCGGAUUACUUUUGGGGCCAGCCUUGGUAAACCUUUUGUCAACCAUUUGUUUCGGCCGUUUUAAUUUAUUUGAUAGCUCUGAUGUAGAAAACAGGAAUUGUUGGAGGGGGUGACAGUGAAAGCCUGAAGCUGGAGUCCAACCUGGGACACCUGUGUUGAGGGUUGUAGCCAUUUAAUAUUUGGAAAACAUGUUAGUAGUUGAGCUGGACCAGAAACCCACUUCCUGCCAUCUCUGCAUCAGCUGUAUUUUGAGGUUCCUCCAACAGUUUGAGUUUUGAAAUUGUCCCCUAGACCAGUACUAGUUAGUUCGGUCAGCCCAGCACCUCGGAGGUUUUCUUGCCAGGGUUCGCACCUGGCAUCCCAGGGCUGCUCUGGACCGAACCCUGACCGGACCUCAGACCUUUUCUCUCCCCCUGGUUUGUUCAACUUUAGAGACUCCAACCAGGGAUAAGACUCCCUUAGAUUUAAAGCUCCUAAUACUUUCUGCAGCUGUUUGGAGCUUCUCAUUUUUUUACUGCUCUGUAAUCUGAUGAACAGAGCACCAUCAUCUCUAUUAAAUGGUCUUUCACCUAUUUAAAAUGUAUUAGUUUCACAAAGCCCUCCCUGUGAGGACCGGAGACCUUGAUUGUCAUGAUUAGAAAUGCCACAUUUGUAACAUUACAUUUUCAUCUGGUCUUUGUAUUUGAAACCGAGACCAACUCAAUGACAACAUGUUCUGUAUUGGUCUUUUUCUAGCAUCCAAAUCUAAUGGCAUUGGAAAACAAACAAACAUGAAAUACAUCUCAUUCAGUGGUAUAGCUUUUUGCUUCAUUAAUUAAAAUACACAAAAAGGAAAUAGCCAACAAAUAAUGUCUAUCUUCAAUCAAACAUACUUGACAAUGUUACUUUGGCCAGUCUGGAUCUGAGGUUCGUUUAUUUUCAUUAAUUCCUACUAUUUUAGGGUGACCCUAAUAUGACUUCCCAAAAAGGGGACACGACUACGCAGGGGCGGAGUCACCGGGUCAUACAAAGUUAAUUUUGAGAGUUUUUCAUGCGGAUCGACUGUCUUUUACACGCUUCUAACUCAGUAUGUCCACGUGACACAAAAUCGAAACUUACGUUGACAUUUGAAGGAUUUUAUAAACCACCCCAGACAAAGCCGGACAAACCCAGACAGCCCCCCAAAAAAGAGGACAUGUCCGGGUAAAAGAGGACGUAUGGUCACCCUAUACAAUUAACACAUUUGACCUUUGAUUUGCAGCCACAGUGCAGUGCAGCCACAAGAUUAUUUUACUGUGUUUUCAACUGUGUUAUUCAGACACUGGCAUGCCCCUACAGUGGGCCAAAGAGUCUUUAAUCCAAGGAAAUCUUUCAGUAUUUUUUAACAAUAAAAACUGUCAAUAAGACAUUGAAAAUAAAGCCAGAAUGUUAAUAUGUCAGUACGGGCAGCAGAAAUGUGAUUUCAGAUGGACACAGUCAAGCUAAUGAGUGACGAGGAGGAUGGUAAUAUAUUUGUCAUUUGCAUUAUCUUUGUAGGCUUUUCUGAAGUUGGGAUUACUGCAGCGUUUAUAUCUUCAACACAACAACCUAACCAGCAUCCCUCCGAACCUCCCUCGCACCCUGACAGACCUGAGAAUCAACCACAACAACAUUGAGAAGGUAAUAUUUCACUGGCAUUCAUGCCAAGCCCCUCUCCUUUUACUUUUUGCUUGUACACAGUAGAGACAUUGGACUUUAAAAUCAUUUCCACUGUUGCCUAGGUAACGGCUGUAGAUGUGGAAGGGAUGGAUAACCUCACCGUUCUGUAUCUCCAUGACAACGCUGUCACAGAUAUGGGCACAUCAUUGAAGGCACUGAAAUCCCUUACAUUGUUGGACAUCAGUGGCAACAAGUUGACAAAGGUAUUUAUAUUUGUCUCUGUGUCUGAACAAGUCGAUGAGCAGCCAAUUCCUAGCCUCUAUAAUAUUUUCAUGAACUGAUCUUAGGUUCCUACCGGACUGCCUGAACAUCUGCACCAACUCUACAUGGAGUCCAACUCCAUCGAUUCUCUACCAGAGGGCUUUCUGAGCAGCUUUACUCAGCUUCAGUACAUCAGGAUAGCACACAACCAGCUCACUGACAAGGGCAUCCCUCCAAACACCUUUAAUGUGUCAGGGCUGGUGGAGCUGGACCUGAGCUUCAAUAAACUGGAGAGAAUCCCACCCGUGAGCGCAACACUAAGGCACCUCUAUCUGCAAGCCAACCAGAUAAAAGGUAAGGGUUUUUUUUUUUGUAAAAAUAUUUACAACUUUUGAUGUGUCUUUAAAAAUGUAAAUUUAGCUUCUACUAAACCAGUAAAUAUAUAAACAAUGGACGUUUUUUUGUACUCAUUGUAGAAGAUGUUUUCUGUGGGUCUUUACAGGCCAGGUGGUAACAUUGGAUGUUUGGGGAAGAUUUUCUGUAGGUUCUAGGAAGGCAUGCAGCAAUUCUCAACCACUUUUCAUUUAUCCCACCAGAGUUCACUCUGGGUAGUUUCUGCACAGUUGUGGACGUGUCCAACUUCUCCAAACUGCAGACCCUGCGACUGGAUGGGAACGAGAUCAGUCGACAGGACAUCCCUUCAGAGUCAGCCGUCUGCCUGCGUCAGGCUUCCACCAUUGAGGUGUAACCAUCUCAAAGUGUGUGAUAAGAUGUGUGGCACGCUGCUCAUAAAUGCAGCUCAGUUUGUAGGGUGUGCCAAAAGUGUUACAAAUUUCUUUAAUGACAUGCUAAAACCAAAACCAUAAUAUCUACUGUUCACAUAAAGCAAAUCUGAGGAUCUUUCCAUUAAAAGGCAAGUGGAGGAAGCAGAUGUUUCAUACUUUGCUGUGCAUCCUCUAUCAACUCAUGGGUUUCAUACGGCAUAACAUUUGCAUCACCAUCUUUACGACCUACCUAGGACCAGACAUCAGUUCAUAACAAAGCAUCAGGACCACCUAACUGAACGAGAAAAAUAGGAUUUGGGAGUUUGAGUCUUGAAAUUACAACAACAAAUCUGUAAACUACUGAGUCAAGAGUCAAUUUUUCAAUAUUUUGAGUAUGUGGUUAGCCUGUCUAUUGUUUUGAAGGAGAAGAUCGAAACAGCAGCUAUAGUCUCCUGAGCUACACUGAGUAUCUUGGAGUAUGUUGAUAACUGAACGUCAAGUGUUUUAGCACAUCAGCACAGCAUUGUCAUAAGAAUCUGGAUUUUGAAUCAUUUGUGUAAGAAACUGAUGUUUGACUGAAACCUAUGAAUACAGAAAUUAGUUAAUCUUCAGGACUUUCUCAAACAAAUCUCUACUGUCAAUAUGUUUGGUUUUAUUUGAUUCAAGCCUUUUUUUCACAAACAGCAGUCUAUAUGUCUAAAGAUGACAUGUGACAGUGUUUAAUGAUUGUUCUAGAAAACUGAAAAUAAUCUGACUUCUUUCCUUCAUUUAUGUUGCAGUGAGGAUCAGUGCUCUCCAUUAUCACUGUUUGUUACUGUCUGUGUCUUUUUUUGCUAUUGUUAAAAGCAUGCUGUCUAUUCUUCGGUCUUUUUAGAUGAUAAUAAAAAUAUCGUGUGAUAUGAUAUACUUUAUUUGAAAUAAUUAGCUAAUGUUGAACAAGUCAACAUCUUCAUUACUUGACAACCCUUUCUCAUCGUCAUAUCCUGUUUCAACUGGACAGUUUAUUUUAUCUUACGAACGAUAAUGCUGUGAACAUGUUCUUUUCUAAGCGGAUAACCUCUCUUUAGUGAAAUUCAUCUUCUUCAGAGACCAAAUCUAUGCUCGAAGUGUACUUUUUGAGUGUUGUACUGCAGUAAAUCAGACAUACUAUAUGUUCUUCUUGUGUUAGUUUAUGUAUUGCAUGGAGUAGUUAUACUGACAAAGGGUUAAUGUUUACAUGCCUGUUGGAGAAUGAAUAAAAAUUGGGAUUUUCGACAGUUCCUUAAA